AUGGGCCGAGCCGAGAAAGGAUGCCCCAUUUGCUAUCACAAGCUUCCCCGCCCCGGGGAGGUCUUGGAGCCCUAUGAUGAGGAGCUCAAUUACUUCAUGUGGAUUCCGGGUUUUGAGUGGAAGCCCAAGCCCGUUCCUGAGGAAGAUGCGUACGGCUCAGAGCACUCGGAGUCGGAAGGCGAGGCUGAUGAAGACAUGGAAGAGGCUUUGAAAGAAAUGGUAGAAAACGACGAAAUGCAACAGAAGUACAACGAGAAAGCCUCAGGCGGCAAAGUCUCAACUUCAGACGCCGCAGUUCUGGCCAGGCAGCUCGGCCUCGCCCCUUCAUAUGCAGAUGUCGAAAAAUGCGAACAAGAGAAUGGAAACCAACUUGACUACGCCACCUUCCAGCAGUUCGCAGCUCAGAGCACUCAUCCUGAAGACAACAUUGAAGAUCUCGUCGGAGCAUUUGCUCACUUUGACCCGAAUGGAAGUGGCACUUUGACUGUGCAGCAAAUGCGCAACAUUUUGAUGACUUUCGGCGAGCCUCUGACCAAGGAGGAAAUGAGCGUGGUCGAAUCGAAAUUCUUCAGCGGCAAUACAGUCGAUUACAGAGACUUCUGCACGCGGUGA